AUAUAGGAAACCGGACAGAUUUGUGUAUGUGACUGACAAGAUAAAUCCGAUGGGCAUGACUGAAGUUAUCGUCAUAAUACAGUUGACGGGAGAAUAUCUGCGGCGUUCAGUCAUGCUGCAACCUGACCAUUGAACUGAAAACAAGUGUUUCCCUUAUAUGGCAACACUUUGAGUAGUUGGUGGAGCCCUAACCAGUAGCUCAACAUGCCAAUAGAGUGCCUCCUCCUUUAGAUGCACUUCCCUCAUCUCCUGACUGUUCAAGCAAGAGAAUAAGGUGUUAGGACCACAAGCACGAUGGGCCGCCCGAGUUUAUAUAUGAUUCUGCUCGCAUUCAUUUGUCACAGUUAUGGCCAGGACGCAUUCAAUCCACUUUAUAGGUCCAAAAGGAUUCAAGAAAGUGCUGGAUCAGAUUCCAAUGAUUGUUUGCCAAGAUCAAAUGGGCCACAGAUCUCCACAAACUCUCCCAACUUCUCUGUGGAUCUUCGAAUGCCUGGUGUCAUCCCAGCUAAGUCGGACACUUACUUAUGCAUGGCAUUCCCUGUGCCAACUACCCGUAGUCAUGCUGCAUAUGUUGUGGACUUCAUACCUCAGGCUACUAUGAACACAGUCCAUCACAUGCUGCUGUUUGGCUGCAAGUCGCCCGUCUCCACCACCAAUUACUGGGACUGUGGCAGUACACGGGGUACUUGUAAAGAUGGAGCAUCCAUUUUGUAUGCAUGGGCUCGAAAUGCACCACCAACGAAACUACCAAAAGAUGUUGGUUUUGAAGUUGGACGGAAUUCAGGAGUGUCAUACUUUGUGCUACAGAUCCAUUAUGGAGAUAUCAGUGCUUUCCAAGAUCAUCACAAAGAUUGCUCGGGUCUCACUCUGACAAUAACAUCCACCCCGCAGCCAUUUAUUGCUGGGAUUUACUUGCUCAUGACCAUGGACACUGUUAUCCAGCCAGGAAAAAGAGUUACAAAUGCGGACAUCGCCUGUGACUACACCUCGUAUCCGAUUUACCCGUUUGCCUUUAGGACACACACACAUCGUUUGGGAAAAGUGGUCAGUGGCUACAGGAUUCGAAAUGGAAAGUGGAGCCUGAUUGGGAGACAGUCUCCUCAACUACCGCAGGCUUUCUAUCCUACAAACCACGAUGUGGAUGUGCAAUAUGGAGAUACGCUCGCCGCCAGAUGUAUGUUCACUGGUGAAGGCAGAAGCGAAGAAACAUACAUGGGGGGUACCUCUGAUGACGAAAUGUGCAAUUUCUAUAUCAUGUACUACAUGGACAGCAAACAUGCCAUCCCUUAUAUGAACUGCAUGAAACAAGGCUCUGCCAAAUUGUUUCAGCACAUUCCACCUGAAGCCAAUAUUCCCAUUCCUGUCAGUCCCGAAAACAUGAACGCCAUGAUGCAUAUGGCACAUUCAACAGGUCACCAAGAUGCAGUAUCUCUGCCAGGUACAGCCAGUGAAGAGCAGCCUUUCAUUCAGGGUGAUCUCUAUUCUCUAAUGUCCAAGCUGCUAGGUCAAAACCAUGAUGUAGUAGACAGUCAUAAGUACAACCCCAGUAAGAUACACAGGGUCCAGCCUGAGCUGGUGGCUCAGAUUCAUAGCUUAAUACAAAAGAAAAACUUGGGCUCUCCUGCUGCUUCGCUGGCCCUCCAGACCAACAGGCACCCUGUUUUGAUGAGGGACAGAGUCCAUAAAUUCCAUCAGCUUGAGGCCAUGCCCAAGCUGACAAAAAGCAAGUUGCUGUUUCAAAGACAAGAUACCCAUCUGGAGCAAGACCCAACAUGGCCACAGAAUUCUCUCCAGCUGGGUCAGGUGUCAGGACUUGCCAUUGACUCAGACUCCAACCUGGUCAUUUUCCACAGAGGUGACCAUCAGUGGGGACCAGAUUCUUUUGACACCCAGGCUUUGUAUCAGCAGAGGUUCCUUGGCCCUAUUCAACAGUCCACUAUUUUGGUUGUUAAUGUGGACAAUGGCAAUGUCCUCAAGGCUUCUGGAAGAAAUAUAUUUUACUUACCUCAUGGAAUAACCAUGGACAAAGACAAUAACUACUGGGUAACUGAUGUGGCUCUUCAUCAGGUUUUAAAAGUGAGUAGUGAUGGUGGUGACAGAACCUUGUUGUCUCUGGGAGAGGCUUUCAAACCAGGAAGUGACCAUAACCAUUUUUGUCAACCCACCGAUGUGGCAGUCGAUUAUGAAACUGGGAACAUUUUUGUGUCUGAUGGCUACUGUAAUGCAAGGAUACUCAAAUUCUCUGCUGAUGGAAGAUAUCUUUCGGAGUGGGGAGCUGGCUCUUCAGACCGUAGAAGGCGUACACCGUUCCGGAUCCCACACAGCCUUGUAUUUCUGCCAAAGAGAAAUGAAGUGUGUGUGGCUGACCGGGAGAAUGGACGCAUCCAGUGCUUUAUAGCUCAAACUGGAGAGUUUGUUAAGGAAAUAAAAAAAGAAGAGUUUGGAGAAAGUGUCUAUGCCAUCACUUACAGUCCGUUUGGAGGUGAGGAUGGCACAAUCUUUGCAGUAAAUGGAAAAUCUAUGGAGGGAAAUUCCCCUCCUCCAACUGGUUUUGCAAUAAAUUAUGCAACCAAGGACAUUCUGGAUACCUUCAGCCCAAAGAAAUGGGAGUUUCAAAUGCCUCAUGACAUUGCUGUUACCCAAAAUGGUAGCAUCUUUGUCGGGGAUGCGACCAGCAAGACUGUUUUCAAGUUUACAGCUGAGAAGGCACAUCGUUCAGUCAAGAAGGCUGGCAUUGAAGUUCAAGAACUUGAAGAAAUUGAGGCAUUUAUCCAAACCAAGGAGACGCCAGAGCAGAACGUGUCAAAGACUGCAGCAGUUGAACAGAAGCCAUAUUUGGCUCAACACCUGAAGCCACAAGACGAGGAGAAGAAAAAGACUGUUCCCCAUCCAAACAAAGAGCAAGGUCUCCUACCGGUGGUCAUCACUCUGCUCUUGCUCAUCCCUCUUCUGCUUGUCAUCUCCGUAGGAGUCUUCAUCUGCUGGAGAAAAAACAACCGGUAUGAGGUGAAAACUGGGCCCAGUGCUGUUGGAGGGAUUUUAGGAAAAAUCAGUGGUAAAGCAGUCGGCAGCCUGAACCUCGGAAACUUCUUUGCCUCCCAUAAGGGUUACAGUCGUCAGGGCUUUGACCAACUGAGUACUGAAGGCAGCGACCAGGAACGGAACGACGAGGGGAGCAGCGAGUCUGAGAACGAAGAGUACUCCGCUCGUCCCACACCACCUCCAUCCUCCUCUUAGGAAGAUUUGGAGCGCACCACAACCUUUUGCUUACAUGGCCAGGGUAUAUUUCAUGUCAUUCAUCAUCAUGUAACUGUUGUGUUAGAUGCCUUAUUGUUUAUAUAUUUAAGUAGGGACUGUACAUAAGUUUAUUUGUUUUGUUGCUAUAAUUAAAUCAAAUUAUUUAAUCUUAAUUUAACAAGCCCAUGUUCCGAAAACAGCCUUGGAUUUUCAACUUCUUUCCUAAAGUUGCAUUUAAUUUGAAGUUUUGUGCUCUUGUUGAUUUAAGGUGAGACAUUUUUGAUGUUUACCAAAAGUUUUUCACAUUGAAUCAUUUGACACAGUUAAUAUUUUAUGGCGGCAUUACAACCAGCAUGAGUAUUUAAAAAUACAGGGCCGUAAAUAAGAUCACAGUUGGGUAAAAAUAAAAUGACAUACAGUGGCGAU